UCUUAGUAUACAUCAAACAGUUAUGGAGUUAAAGAUUUACUACAUCAUCUUAUUAUCACUGAGCAUCACAUCAGGAAAAAUAUACGACAGAUGCGAACUAGCUAGAGAAUUAGUUGACCUUCAUCAAAUACCAGAAGAGCAAGUUGCCACCUGGGUUUGCAUUGCUAAUCAUGAAUCAAGUUUUAAUACAGCAGCCGUUGGACGUUUAAAUGGUGAUGGGAGCGGGGAUCAUGGCUUAUUUCAAAUUAGUGAUCUGUAUUGGUGUUCGCCACCAGGAAGAGGACAAGCUUGUGAUGCAUCAUGCGAUGAAUUUGAAGAUGAUGAUAUCGAGGAUGAUGUCCAAUGUAUUAAACGAAUAUAUCAGGAGCAUGAACAUUUAUCUGGAAAUGGAUUUAAUGCUUGGGCUGUAUAUCCUUACCAUUGCAAAGGGGAUCACGUCCAGAAGUAUGUUGAAGGAUGUUUCGAUGACGAUGUAAACAUUGUUCAAAAAUAUAAACCAAUUACAACAACACUAAGUUCGAGAGCCCAUAAAGCAAAGAAACCACGAGUGCAUAGACCAUUUUCAAACAUAUUUUUGGAUGGUACAGUUACCAUAAAACCAAUCACACCAAAAUUAAAUGAAAUAUCAUCAUACUCAAGGUCGAAACCAUUUUCGAACAUAUUUUUAGAUGGAACUGUUACAAUCAAACCAUUGAAUCAAUUCGAUACAAGACAACCAAAAUACAAUGAAAUUAAACCAUACUCAAAACCAUUUUCGAAUAUAUUCUUUGAUGGAACUGUUACAAUUCCACCAUUUGACAUAAAACUAAGCGAAUUUGCAACGUCGGAAGCUAAGGCAUAUAUUCCUUACGACAAAAGUAAACCAAUUACAAAUAUUUUCUUAGAUGGUACAAUUACUUUACCAUUGUAUUCAGACACCACAACUAAAAGGCCACGAACUCAAACACCACAAACUAGAAGGCCGCAAACUCGAAGACCAACACAACGAUUAACAACUUUAUCAAGUCGUUCGAAGUCAAGAAUUACCACAAAAUCUUAUGAAAAUGAGUAUACGACGGAAGAACCAUUUAGUACAACCGUUUGGUCCAAGAAUGAUCUUGUAUAUAAUUAUAUCGAGCGAAGGGAUGGACGAACAUAUUUGCUAAAAGAACCACCUGUAACCAAGAAAAACAUUUUAUCUCAAAAUAGUUUGAAUCAAAAUGAAAAAUCCAGGAGCACUAUUAAUCAGCGUGAUUUUGUUACCACACCGAGAACAAAUUCACAAGGAAUUCAAUAUAAUACACCUCCUCGAAAAACAUCAACUCCUACGAUUACAACAACUCCACAACCAUUGUGGAGUCAGUACUUUACAAGCACUACGAAGAAACCGUCAACAGAUUUGAACUAUUAUCAGAAUAUUUAUCGUACAAAUACAAAACCAUCUUCUUCAACGGAAAGGUCGACCACAAAUUUCAUCAGGAACCAAUAUUUUACAAGCACAACACCUAAGUCUUCAAUAACCAGGACAACAUCCACAAGUUCAACACAAAAAUUUUCUACUCAAAAACCAACUACUAUUUGGAAUCCAUAUUUUACAAGUACAACAUCUAAGCCGUUAACACCUAAGCCGACAGCUUCAAGAUCAACACAAAAAUCAACUACGAAAGCUAUUUGGAAUCAAUAUUUUACAAGUACAACAUCUAAGCCGUCAACCACAAAAUCGACAGCUUUAAGAUCAACACAAAAAUCAACCACAAAAGCUAUUUGGAAUCCAUAUUUUACAAGUACAACAUCUAAGCCGUCAACCACAAAGCCGACAGCUUCAAGAUCAACACAAAAAUCAACCACAAAAGCUAUUUGGAAUCCAUAUUUUACAAGUACAACAUCUAAGCCGUCAACCACCAAACCGACAGCUUCAAGAUCAACACAAAAAGCAACUACAAAAGCUGUGUGGAAUCAAUAUUUUACAAGUACAACAUCUAAACCUUCAAUCCAAAAAUCAACAACUAAGUCUUCAACUACAAAACCAACUCUCUCAAAUACAACGCAAAAAUUAACUACAAAUGCUAUUUGGAAUCAAUAUUUUACAACUACAACAGCUAAGCCUUCAACAUCAAAAUCAACAACCUUAAGCUCAACGCGUAAACCUUCCACUCAAAUACCAACUACAAACUCCAUUUGGGAUCAAUACUUUAGAAGUACAACUCCAAAAACUUUUACAACAAAAUCCACAACUAAGAGUUCAAUUCAGAAUCAAUAUUUUAAAAGCACAACUUCGAAAUCAACAACCUUAAAUACCACACUUAAACCGUCCAAAAUAACGACUACGAAACCACUAACAUCUACAAAUUCUGUAUGGAAUCAUUACUUCUCCACAACCACUCCAAAAACAAGAAUUGGAUCUUCAACCACAAAAAUUACAACAACUUCAAAACCUACAAAAACAACGCUAACUUCUCCAAAAUCUACAACGUUUGCAAAUCCAAUAUGGAAUUAUUAUUUCUCUACCACUACUCCAAGAUCAACUGUAAAACCGACAACUAGGCCUGUAAUCACGAAAUCAACAACCUUAAGCACAAUAAGAAAUACUUCGAAAACAACAGUAACUACUCCAAAAUCUUCGACAAAUUCAUUAUGGAAUAACUAUUUCUCUACAAAUACUCCAAGGACAACUACAAAAUCUACUACAAUAAAGACUACCCCAAAACCAUUUGGAACGAUUUCGACGGCUUCAACUCCUACAACAAAAUCAAAUUGGGAUUAUUACUUGAGUAGAACAACUCUAAAACCAACCACACUUGCGUCUUCAAAUUAUGAUCGAAAUCGCUUCAGUACAACACAAAAAUUUACGCAAAGCUUUUCAACCUCUACAAAAUCACUUUAUGAGCAGUUUUUGGAAAGGACCACUCAAAAGACCUCAACGACAGUAAAACCACCUACAACCACUUCAAAAGUAUCUACAAAAUCGCCUUCUACGAGAUGGAACCAAUAUUUUUCGACUACCACAAAAGCUCCAACCACCACAAAUCGAAAUCGAGUGAUUACAAGUAGAUUUUCACAAAAAACUUCUACGCGAUCGACGGUAUGGAACACAACAACCCAAAAACCUCUGACAACUAGAAGGCAAACUUUUCCAACUACCCGAACUACCACAAUAAAACCUAGUGUAGUGACAACAAGAAAAUCUUUCGCAGCUUAGAAAGUUUAGUGAAAUGACAGUUAACACUUAAAAAAUCAAUUUUGACAAUCAAUUUAGUGCAAAGAUUACGGUGCGUAGUGGCGAAAUAGUAAUAAAAUUUAGUCGGGGGAACCCACAAAGUUCUUUAAAAAGAUUUUUUUACCCUAAAAAGACGGAAAGAUUUUAUUCAUAUAACUUAAGUUAGUUAAAAAAUUCCCCAAAGCUAUUUUUGAUACCAUCUCUAAAAAUAGAAGGAAAGUGAAAAGAAAAAUACUCCAACGUUACAAUCCUUAAGGAGAGAGGAGUUAUUAAACAAAAGUGAUGUCACCUUCAAAUUUUUUUCCAUUAUCAUGGAAAUUUUUGUAAUGCAUAAUAUAGUCUUGAUUUAUUAUACUCCAAAAAGUGACAACAGCUUUUUCUAGGUAAUAAAGUGGUCUUUAAUAUUAUGAAUUGCAAUGAGCAAUAAAAACAUUUGAU